UGUCAAAAUCAAAUUUUCACACCUUGAAGCAUCAGCAAGUUUAAAGUGCAUUUCGAGCUGAAGAAAAAUAUAUUAUUACAUACUAGUUAUUCGGAUUAGUGCUAAACUAAACAGAAAAGAAGUGUUUGCAAUGGGCCGCUCUCGUUCCCGUAGUAGAACUCCGAAGAAACAUAAGAGCAAACACCGGAAAAGAAGCAAAUCCCGGUCGUCUUCCCACAGCAAACACGAAUCCCAUCGAAGCUAUGACAAAUACAAGGAACGCAGCUCCAAAUCAAGGAAACACUCGUUGUCCGAAUCAUCCGACAGCAGUAGCGAUGAGCGGCACCAUCACAGGAAAAAGAGUUCCAAGAGUCGCAAGCUGACAGAGGUCGAACGAUUGGCCGAGAUGGAACGACAACGAAGACAGAAGGAGGCCGAGCAGAAGAUGAUCGAAGAGGAAGCCGCCAAACGAAUUGAGUUGCUGGUCAAGAAACGGGUCGAGGAAGAGCUGGAGAAGCGUAAGGACGAAAUUGAAACCGAGGUGCAGCGGCGCGUCGAAGCCGCCAAGAAACAGAUGGAACAGGAAAUGAUGCUCGAACUCGAGAAACGACGCGAGCAAGCCCGCGAAGAAGAACGACGGCGCGAGGAGGAAGAGCUUAAAAAGCGUCAGGAGCUCGAAAAUAUUAUCGCCGAAAACAAUCGGAAGAUCGAAGAAGCCCAACGAAAAUUGGCUGAAGACCGAUUGGCGAUAAUAGAAGAGCAAAGAAAAAUGGACGAAGAGCGCCAAAAGAUGCGCAAAGAGCAAGAAAAGCGCGUCAAAGAAGAACAGAAAAUGAUACUGGGCAAGAACAAUUCCCGGCCCAAACUAUCGUUUUCGUUAAAACCGUGAUCCGACGGGACGUGCGCAAACAAUUGACUAGCAAGAAAUAUUUAAGCCAUGUGUUUACCGUUUUGGUUGUGUACAGUUAUUAGCGAGCGUGAACGAAUGGUUACGAAGCCACAUGCAUACAGCAGUUCAUUGAGUAGCUGUGUCGGUUACUAAACACUAGUUUGUAGGUUCACUAGCUAGCUCGUAAUGAAUGGUAUCGUUUGUAAAUCACGUAUCGUGAUGAGGGAACUAAUUUCCGUUUCUAUUUCGGAAUAGUUCCAUAUUCUGCCUAUUAGGGACGACUCGUGAUCCUUAUUUUAUUCUUGAUUCUGUUGUGAUAUCGCUAUUGUUAAAGAUGUUACCAUAUUUUUUUUUGUGAACUGAUAUUCUAUAAAAGACUGCAGGCAUGGCUUAUCUUUAACGAUAGCGCGUCGCAUUUACUAAUGUACAGAACCCUUUGUAGGUGUUUCUUCGGUUUAACCAAUUAAAUCGAGUCUAGGAUAGAGUCAUCUUUCGUGGUUUCUAUUCAUUGAAUAAAAUCUAAAGUUUAUCAUAACCUCAGUAAAAAAAUCUAAACUUCCUAUUAUUUCACUAACGGCUAAAUCUAAUGAUCUUCACAAUGCAAAAAUUGCCGUCGCAAAGUAACUGGUUCAAUUUGAAAUGUGAUGACCAUAGAAGCCUAAAAGUACAUAAAAGCAAACUACAGUAAAGAAAACAUUAUCAUCCGGAAUUGGUCAUUAUUUUUAUCGAUUUCACGGCCGCACAAAAGUAAACUACUACUACUCUAUCGAAAGUGACAACCAUUUAAUCCAAACUCGUUCCUUGCCUAUUGGAUGUGGUUUCUAGCACUCGUAAUGUAAAAGCAUAAAUUUCGAACGGCGGUCUUUGCAACUUUCCUUAGUGCAUCAAUUGUAACUCUGUCUUUCCGCGAAAACAACUGCAGGAAGUAACAGCAUCGAAAUAGUCCAACAACAAAAAAUACAGCAAUAAGUUUUCCAAUUUUGCAAACUUUGAAUAAAAAUAGUUUGUAAUUGCAACCCCUAA